AUGCGACCAGAGGAGCAGCCGGAGGCUCCCAGCGGCCCAUGGCGCGCUGCGUCUGCCAUUACAAUGGGCGCCGUCGGCCUUUUGUGCAAAGGAUUCCUCAAUGGACUGAGCAAGGUGGAGACGCAUGGCAUGGACGGCUUUUUGAAGCUGCUGGAUGAGCGCGAGGAUCCCGAACGGAGGGAGAGAGGCCUAAUUACUGUCUCAAACCACAUCUCCGUAAUGGAUGACCCGAUACUAUGGGGCAUACUCCCCCUCCCGUACAUAUUUAGCCCAGAUAAUCUACGUUGGGGACUGGGCAGCUAUGAUUUGUGCUUCACCAACAAAGGACUAUCGACCUUCUUCACCUUUGGACAGGUUCUCCCCACACAUCGCUCGGCGCAUUCAAACUUCGGUGGCCUCUUCCAGCCCACCAUCACGGAAGCGAUCCGGCUCCUUUCGCGAGGGCCAUUCAUGCACGAACAGGACCCUCCUACGAAGCCGGCUACAUCAGUCAAGAGCCCAGAUGUCAUCGAUCCCUUUAGUGGCGGGCACCUUAGUUUCUCCACAAACGGCCAGGAUACAUUCCCAGCACCGUCGGCAUACCGCAGUCGCCGGCACGCGUGGGUCCAUAUCUUCCCAGAAGGCAUGAUCCACCAGAGUGAGCAGAGGAUCAUGCGCUACUUCAAAUGGGGUGUGUCGCGGCUCAUACUAGAGAGCGAGCCAAUGCCGGACAUCGUACCCAUCUUCAUCGAGGGCUUCGACAACAUCAUGCACGAGACGCGCACAUUCCCCCGCUUCAUACCUCGGCCAUUUCAGAACGUGCGCGUGACGUUUGGCGAGAAGCUGGAUGCCGACGAGGUGUUUGGCGACCUGCGGGCUCGAUGGAAGCAGAUGCGGGCCAGGGAGGAGAAGCGCAGUGGCCCGCUGGACAUGGGUGUGCUGAACGAUGCGCUGAAGUACUCAGACGAGGCUGUCAGCUUACGCAAGGAGUGUACGCGACGGAUACGGCAGGCAGUCUUGGACGUGAGGCGGCAGCGCGGCUACCCCGAAGACGACCCAAAGAACAGCCUCGCGUCGACUUGGCUACGGGAAGGGCCUCAUCGCGAGGGGCGCAAAGAGGAUGCCAGCAUCACAAAGGAUACAUAG